AUGCCACGGACUCUGCCGUGGCUGACUGGCGACAACAAGGCUGGGGGAACAGGAGGCUCCAAACGAGAGAUAAAGCCGCAACCAGACUUCGACUCCAACUUGGAUCGCACGCCAAAAGCGACUCAAAAAGCUUCUAAGAAUGAAGAUAUCUUCCGAUCUUCUAGUCCUCCCGUACCACCCACCCGACAAUGUCCAUCCGAAGAAUACCUAAUCGAAGGCUUCGACAACGACGACAUCUACAUGAUGGUUGAAGAUGAAUUCUACGCCGUCGCGCAAUCCUUCACCAAACACCUCCAUUUCGCAGAAUACGUCCGACAAGCCAAAGAAGCCAAAUCGCAGAACGGUUCUAGAAUACAGGAUCUCGCGCGCCCCACGGACGGAGUGACACCGAUAAGCGAAGAGACCAAGAAGAAGAAAGAGGCAGAAAACCUUGCUGAGAGGCAGGAGAAGGGCUUGGGGGUGUUGGAUAAUAAUGAGGGGUCGCGGGAGGGUAAAGAGGAUGACGAUGAUGUGUUUCAGGAUGAUUCUUGGGCGGGGACUUCGUUGUAUGAUCUUAUGAUGAGUCCUAGGAAGUCGCGGGCUUUGGUGGGUGCGCAGAGGAUUAAGUCGACCACCAGGGCGGCUGCUGGGUUUGUGCAGUCGUCGCAGAAUUCGAGUGCUGGAAAUAGGAUGACUGCUCCGGGUUCGGCACCGACUUCUCUAGGUAGAGAACAGGAACGUCAGGGCUCUAUUGAGGAAACGGCAUCCGAAGACGACGAUCUGGACGUGCAACCGACUACGACAUUCAAGCGAAGAAUCGAGGACAUAGAAACACCAAAGACCGAGAAAUCAGAUGAAUCCAUUACACCGACACCGAGGCGUUCUAUGUCACAUGCACCGAAUAAUCCCAUCAAGAAACCAAAGCCAGAGCCAGAAACGAAACCAACACCAACACCGUCUAUCAAUACUGCUGGAAACAAGAAAAGACCGUCACCGUCACCGUCACCGUCAGUACCCAAACCAAGGAGAAGAAUGCUUUUUGAUGAUUUCGACAGGCUGCCAGAGCCCACAUUCAAUAUUUCCAUGCAAGAACAGAAAAGAAAGUCGUCGUCGUCGAUAGAAAAGAGUGCAAAUGGACGUGAUGAGAGCAAGAAAAAGUCGCGGCUUAAUGAAGUGCCAAUGUUCGUGCUAUGA